AUGUCCAAGUCAACCUUGCCCAACAUCCCCGCGAUGCAUCGAGCGCUUGUCCUCCACUCUACGAGAGACCCGUACGACAUGUCAGUUGUGGAGAAAGAGACACCUAAAGCAGAACUUGGGAGCGCAGUCGUCCGCAUACUUGCGGCUGCCGUCUUGACCUACGCUGAUAGGGUAUAUAGUGGCAAGAAGCCCUACGGCUAUCCAGAACCGUUUGUGCCUGGGUCAUCUGCUGUUGGGCACAUUGUAGCUGUCGGUGAAGAUGCUACCAAGCUCAGACCCGGGCAGCUCAUAUAUUUCGAUACCUACAUUCAGGGUCGGGAUGACACUACGACGUUAUUCUUGCAUGGUUUGUCCGGUGGUUUUACCCCGGGCAGCCACAAGCUCAUGGAAACCGUAUGGCGCGAUGGCACGUAUGCAGAAUAUGCCAGGCUACCUCUCGAAAACUGCUUUCCCAUGGACGAGGCACGAUUGCUGGGCAACCCUGCUGGAGGCGGUCUGGGGUAUAGUUUGACUGAUUUGGUCUACCUCUUGACAAUUUCAAUUCCUUUUGGAGGACUUCGUGAUGUUGAUGUCAAAGCGGGGGAGAAGGUCAUCAUUUCACCGGCCACAGGUGCCUUCGGAAGCGCUGCUGUGUUCUCCGCUCUUGCAAUGGGCGCUCGAGUAGUCGCAAUGAGUCGGACUGUCAGUGCCUUGGAGCCAUUGAAAAGUCUCGGCUUUGGAGACAGGAUUCGAUUCGUCCCAAACACCGGAGAUGUGGAGGUGGACAUCAAGGAACUGACCAAGGACGGUCUGGCAGACGUGUUUUUGGACAUCUCUCCUGGAAAAGCAGUCAAAAGCACACAUUUCAAAAGUUGUAUCCAAUCACUGCGACGAGGAGGCCGUGUGAGCUUGAUGGGUGCCCAUCAAGAAUUGACAUUGCCGACUCAGCACAUCAUGCUUUACGACAUUACAAUCAAAGGCAAGUGGAUGUACACGAAGGAGGACAUGCGCGUGAUGAUCAAUAUGGUCGAGACAGGAUACUUGAAACUGGGUGAGGCGGGGGGCAUCAAGACGAUCGGCACCUUCCCACUCGAGAAGUUUGAUGCUGCCUUCGACGCAGCGUCGAACAUGAGUGGUCCAGGUUUGCAAGUGGUCAUUGUUCCUUCAUUGCAGAUUGUAUCGCAGGAGGGAAAACGUUGA